AUGGCACUUCCCGGCAAAUUCCUGUUUGGAUUUUGCUGUUUUGCCUGGCUGUGUUUUCUUACUAGCCUCAGCUCUCAGGCUUCUAGGGGAGAAGCCCAGACUGGAGCCAGCACAGCUUUGGAGUCUGAGGCAGAUCCUUGGUCCUUGCUGUUGCCUGGAGAUGGGACCGACAGGUCAGACCUCUUGCCUCCCCUUUUUAAGGUCCUGUCUGACAGGCGAGGUGAGGCCCCUAAGCUGCAGCCCGACUCCAGAGCACUCUACUACAUGAAAAAGCUCUAUAAGACGUAUGCUACCAAAGAAGGGGUUCCUAAACCCAGCAGAAGUCACCUCUACAACACUGUUCGGCUCUUCAGCCCCUGUGCCAACCACAAGCAGGCUCCUGGCAACCAGGUGACAGGACCCCUGCCGACGGUGGACCUGCUGUUUAAUCUGGAUCGGGUGACUGCCAUGGAACACUUGCUCAAGUCAGUCUUGCUGUACACUCUGAACAACUCGGCUGCUUCCUCCUCCACCGCGACCUGUGUCGGGGACCUGGUGGUCAAGGAGCCCACGUCUUCCGGCAAGGCUCCCCCAAGAGUGCCAUACUCCUUUACCUUGAAGAAACACAGAUGGAUUGAGAUGGAUGUGACUUCCCUCCUUCAGCCACUGGUGGCCUCCAGCGAGAGAAGCAUUCACAUGUCUGUCAAUUUUACAUGCACAAAAGGCCAGGCCCCGGAGGACAGCGUGUUUAACAUGCCUCUGUCAGUGCCUCCCUCGCUCAUCUUAUACCUCAAUGACACCAGCGCUCAGGCCUACCAUUCGUGGUAUUCCCUCCACUCCACCUGGAGACCUUCACAGCAUCCUGGCCAGGGCAACGUGGCUGCCUAUCCGGUGAAGGAAGAGGCUGCCGAGGUCGAGAGAUCUGCCCGGCACCGUCGGGGGCGGAAAGCCAUCAGCCUAGAAACCAAGAAGCCACAUCUUACGGCAUCCUUCAAUCUCAGCGAAUACUUCAAACAGUUUCUUUUUCCCGAAAACGAGUGUGAACUCCACGACUUCAGACUGAGUUUUAGUCAGCUCAAAUGGGACAACUGGAUCGUGGCCCCACACAGAUACAACCCUAGGUACUGUAAAGGGGACUGUCCCAGGGCGGUCAGGCAUCGGUACGGCUCUCCUGUACACACCCUGGUCCAGAAUAUCAUCUAUGAGAAGCUGGACCCCUCAGUGCCAAGGCCUUCAUGUGUGCCUGGCAAAUACAGCCCCUUGAGCGUGUUGACCAUUGAACCUGACGGCUCCAUUGCUUACAAAGAGUAUGAAGAUAUGAUAGCCGUGAGAUGCACCUGCCGUUAGCGCGGGCCCUCUACACCAGCACCUUGAAACCGCCCAGCAGAGCCAACCCUGUGGGCUUUAGCAUGCCUGGGCAGAGAGCUUCAUGUGACCAAUUGCUCUGUGUCACUCAGUGCACAUUGUGUGAGGGGGGAGUGUGUGGGGGCUGAGCAUGUUGUGUGUAGCAUUACUGGGUAUA